AUGCAUACCAAUGUAGUCAAUGAUAGUUUCAUUAAUCCUGAAUUGAGAUCUGUGGAGCUCAUUCUUCAAAGUGCUGACAAUUUAAAAUGCAAGUUUGAGCGUGGGGUGAAUCAAUCUUUACUGUCAUUGACUUGCUCGAAAUAUGGAAAGAAUCCCGGAAAACAAAUCAAAUUCAUUGUGUUACCAUUUACUUUGGAUUUGGGUGAUCAAAUUAAGGAAUUUUAUGUGACCAUACGAGUCCUGAAAUCUCACGAAACUGGAAAUGAAAAUAAGAGAGCCUUCACAAGUGUGAAUGCUUGCUACAUUUCUCCCCUUUUGAAGAAUCUCAAUUUAUUACAGAGCUCAAAAAACAAGGUGUGGCCCUACGCUCCUCAACUACUGUGCAAUCAUCACAACCCUACAGGAGAACCAAAUUUUACAUCAGAGAACCCUGAUUUUACUGAUUUGACAGUUUCAGCAAUUCACUUUCCUCAUGGAUAUAAGCACAAUAGAGAUCCCAAUAAUAUAUAUUUGCAACUUUCAAACAAUAGAACAGGUACCUUGCAACUAUGGCCACAAAUUGUCAGCAUUCAAGUCCAAUUCGUUCCAAAGAUGAUUGGUGUGACUGUUGAACCAGUGUUGGUGACUGGUACGUUGGCAUUGAGCGAUAACACACAUGCUAUGAUUCUCAUCAUUACCCCUGAUGUGCAAAGUGUGGUACCUGUAGACAUUGUGUGUGAUAUUGUCGUGAUUAUUAAUCAAACAGUGAUACAGUCCAAUGGCGCUACUUACACAUUUGUCGAACCAUCUCCAAAUUUCUCAAUGUCACUCCCGCUUAAUAUUAUGCAAGGAAAUUAUCAAGGAAAUACUAGCGAAUACACCACUUCAGGAUCCUAUCAGUCACAGCAUCAACAGCAAACACAAAACAUUGGAACUGUGAUGGGAAUGAUGAACGUUCUGCAAAGUUUUGUUCAAGUCUUGAGCUCUAUUGAAGAAGGUUCCAACUAUCAAGUCAUCAUUCGAAACUUUUUAACGAGACAUGCCAACACUCGUGAUUUACUUGGUUUCAACCUUGCUGGACAUUUCAAGCUGAGAAAUUGGGAUUCUUUAGUCAAUGUUCUCAAACAAAAUGGUAUUGAACCCAUCAUUCCUGUAUGGGCCAAUACUUCUUCAGAGCUGAGGUUAACCCACACACCCUCUUCAUCAAUAACAACAUCAGUGAGUAGCGGUGGUGGCAUGAGUAGCGGCACAACUACGCAACCAUUACCAAAGGAGGAAGAAAAUGCAGACGUAAGAACCAAUAACAUUGUGGAAACCAUGAAAACUAAAAUCAGUGAAAUGCAACAACCGGCAUCAAGAAUUGAUGGCAUGAUUGAACGUGUCUAUCAAAAAGUGAAACAUGCUGCCUCCAUCGAUCGACUGCCAAAACCACCUACAGCAAGUUCAAACGACACCAUGAUCAGCCAAAAUGUGUGCAAUUCCUUAAUUCCAACUGCCAAUCUUGCCUCUAUUCUUGACAUUUCCAAGCGACACAUGGAUGCAAAAAAGGCACCUUACUUGAAAGUCAAAUUUAUUGCCUAUGAUCAAAACGCAUCUCAAAAUUCGCCACAAACAACUACACCCAAAUUGAAAGCAGCUCUCUUUAUUGCCAAGUAUAUUAUCGAAUUUGAUUCAGAGACUCAAUUAAUUACCUCAACGGAUCACGAACACAAGCCCAAUUUCCAUUAUCAAACCUUUUAUAAUCAAGAUGUUGCUGUGUUUAGGCAAAAUGAGGAAAUUGAGAGCUUCCUUAAGAAAUUUUCAGAUUUCAACUGUUCUUGGAAUGCAAACAUGCUUUAUGAUGAGAUCAAGUCCAACUCUGCGCACUAUUGUAUGAGUUUCUUAAAGUAUGCCAAUAUUUGGAAUGCAAACAUGCCCUAUGCAAAAUUCUUGACCAAUCUUUGUGAGAGAAAGCCAUUGAAUCCAAUGUUUUUAUUGCACCAGGACUUUUUCUUUAUGGAUUCUGUUCCAGUUUCCAGAUAUUUGGAGUCUCAAGAUGCUUUAACCUGGCAUUGGGCUCAAGCCAUCAAGGAUCACAUGAAAAACUCAUCUGACGCUCCUUUCUUCCAAUAUGAUUUCAACAAGGAUAACACUAUUUCAAAUGCAAAAGAUCCAAAGAACCGUCUAUAUGAAAGCAUGAUUGCAUUUACCUAUUUUUACACAACAUGUGCCAUCAACUUUUUAAAGACCGACGAAGGAACUAAAUUCCUCCGAUUUUGGAAAUAUUUGCUUGUGACCAACUUUAAUGAGCUACCACAAGACGUUUGGAGAGUAUUGGAACCAGUGACACAAAAAUUCAACUUGACCUUCCAAAGACAAUUAUAUAACAUUGUGUUUUUCUUGCAAUAUAUCAAGCCAACGGAGCAAUUCGAAGAGACACGAAAACAAAUUGAGAGUUUGGUAAACACAUGGGAAGGGAAUUCCAUACAGCAAGCUGUGGUGUUGUAA